AUGUCAUUACCGUCAGGAGCGCCUCAUAAACUGAAUUUUGACAACCACAGAGGAGGUGACAAGGAUUCCGAAGGAUUAAUAGAGUCUGCUGCUGCAGUAAAGAACAAGAAGAAGAAGGAGAAGGAUAGAGCCAAAAAGGCAGCAUCUACUGCAGUAGAGGAAAAACAAGAAGAGAUGAACAAAGAAAAGACUAUAGCAUCAGAUAAGAAAGUUCCCAAGCAUGUUCUGGCAAUCCGCGAGAAACUUGCAAAAAUUAAGGAAGCUGAAGAAAGGAUGAAAAGGGAGGAAGAGGAGAAGUUAAAGAAGGAAGAAGAAGAGCGCUGUAGGCUGAAAGAACUGGAAAGGAUUGCAGAAGAAGAGAAACGCUUGAAGAAGGAAAGGAAGAAAGAGAAGCUCUUGAAGAGAAAAAUGGAGGGGCUUCCGUUAACACGAAAGCAGAAGGAAGAAGCUCGAAGAAUGGAAUCUAUGAGAAAUCAGAUUUUUGCAAAUGCUGCGGGCAUGCCACCACCUAGUGAGGCAUCUGCAAAACGGCCCAUAUAUCAUACUAGAAGGUUGCCAUCAUCUUCUCGAGUUAAGAGUGAAACUCUUGUAGAGGAUGAUAAAACCGGUGAAUUUAAAGAACAGGAAACCUCGUCUGAGGUGUAUCCAAUCCUGGCAGAAACGGUGGAGCAAGUGGUGGUGUUGGAUGCAGGGAAGGCCCAUGAAGUUGAUAUUGGGGAGAAUAAUCCUUGUUGUGAUGAAGAAGGUAGUGAUGAUGAUGAAUGGGAUUCCAAAAGUUUGGAUGAAGCUGAUCUUUUGCUACCUAGCACAUUUGCUGGUGAAGAAGUCGAUUCUUUGCCUGAAACUUUGGUUCAAAAGGAUGUAUAUGGUGCAAAGGAUCCCCUUAUGGCAACAAAACCUGGUGAUGUAGUAAACCAAUGCAAAACACAAGAGAAUAUACAUAGACAGGAAUCCCCAGAAGAACCUGAAACAUCACACUCCCAGGUUGAAAAGAAUUUGCGCUCACCUAUUUGCUGCAUUAUGGGUCAUGUUGAUUCUGGCAAAACCAAAUUACUUGAUUGCGUUCGAGGCACUAAUGUUCAGGAAGGUGAAGCUGGGGGUAUUACCCAACAAAUUGGCGCAACGUAUUUCCCUGCAGAUAAUAUACGUGACAGAACCAGGGAACUGAAAUCUGAUGCAAAGCUGAAUGUUCCCGGCUUACUGGUGAUUGACACUCCUGGACAUGAGUCCUUCGCCAAUUUGCGAUCUCGAGGCUCCAGUUUGUGCGAUAUAGCAAUUCUUGUUGUGGAUAUUAUGGAAGGUUUAAAAGCACAAACAAUUGAAUCACUGAAUUUAUUGAAGAUGAGGAACACCAAAUUUAUUGUUGCCUUGAACAAGGUCGACAGACUAUAUAGAUGGAAAAGAUGCCAAAAUGCCCCAAUUGCGAAGGCAAUGAAUAAACAGUCUAAAGAUGUUAAAGAUGAAUUUAAUUGGCGUCUCUCCCAGGUUAUCACGCAGUUUAAGGAGCAAGGAAUAAACACUGAGCUUUAUCAUAGAAACAGAGACAUGCAGGAAACUUUCAGCAUCGUGCCUACUAGUGCAAUCAGUGGCGAAGGGAUCCCAGAUUUAUUGCUAUUACUGGUGCAGUGGAGUCAGAAAACAAUGGUGGAAAAACUCACUUAUCGUAACACAGUACAGUGUACUGUUUUGGAGGUCAAGGUUGUUGAAGGGCAUGGGACAACUAUUGAUGUUGUCUUAGUUAACGGGGUACUCCAUGAAGGGGAUCAAAUUGUUGUAUGCAGCAUACAGGGUCCCAUUGUUACCUGUAUAAGAGCCCUGCUAACGCCUCAUCCAAUGAAAGAACUUCGAGUAAAGGGUACUUACUUGCAUCACAAAGAAGUCAAAGCUGCUCAGGGUAUUAAGAUUACUGCGCAGGGUCUUGAGCACACUAUCGCUGGAACUGAGUUAUAUGUUGUUGGUCCGAAUGAUGACUUGCAAUAUAUUAAAGAUGCUGCAAUGGAGGAUACGAGGUCAGUGAUGAACAAAAUCCAAACAACCGAAAAGGGUGUCUAUGUUCAAGCAUCUACACUUGGUUCAUUGGAAGCCCUACUUGAGUGCUUAAAUACUUCUGUAGUGAAAAUACCUGUAAGUGGUAUAGGCCUUGGCCCUGUGUACAAGAAAGAUGUAAUCAAAGCAAGUGCCAUGCUUGAGAAGAAGAAAGAGUAUGCUGCGAUCUUGGCUUUUGAUGUUAGGGUCACUUCGGAAGCUCGUGAACUUGCUGGUGAACUUGGUGUCACCAUAUUCUGUGCAGAUAUUAUUUAUCACUUAUUUGAUCAGUUCAAGGCCUAUAUCAAUGAUUUCAAGGAGAGGAAGAAGAAGGAAACUGUAGAAGAUGUUGUAUUCCCUUGUGUUCUCAAGAUCAUGCCUAACUGUGUUUUCCACAAGAAAGAUCCGAUAGUUUUGGGUGUGGCUGUUCUUGAAGGCAUUGCAAAGAUUGGAACCCCAUUAUGUAUCCGUCAGAAGGACUUCAGUGAUGUUGGUCGCAUUGCAUCCAUUCAAAUCAGCGGAAACCCAGUUGAUCAUGCCAGUCAAGGCCAAGAGGUUUCCAUCAAGAUAGUUGGUGAUAACCAUGGGCAAUGCAAGGAGUUUGGUAGGGACUUUGGGCUUGAAGAUAAGCUUGUCAGUCAUAUCACAAGGAAGUCGAUCGAUGUACUCGAAUCCCUCUAUGAGGAGGAUAUGUCUGCUGAGCUUUGGAAUUUGGUCGAGAAGCUGAAAAGAUAUUUCAAGAUAUGA